AUGGUAGAAAAACAUAGAAAAGGAAAAAAAGAAGAGGUUGAGAUGAUGAACGCAUUACCAGGAGGAGAAGAGAAGUCAGAGGAAAAUGCAACGAAAAAGCACCAGAGUGGUGGUGAACUGUUGAUAUGUGGAUGGGAAGAGCGCAUUGCCGCACUGGAAGGAAUCAUUCAUAGGCAGGAUGAAGAACUUCGUCGAGUCGAGACGUCAACCGGAGCCUUUGUCCAAAUAAGGCGGGAUGCAGAAAAUAGAGACCCACCAGCUGCAGUGGUAUAUCCUGCUACAGAGGCUAGACAUGAGUUGUUAGCAGAGAGAUUUCGGAAACAACACCCACCUGAGUUUGAGGGAGGCAUAGACCCGGUAGUGGCUGAGGAGUGGAUAAGUCGCAUAGAAAGCAUUUUGCAGAUGCUAAGGGUGGAUGGGAAUGACCGAGUGAAGUGUGCAUCUUACAUGCUGAGGAAAGAUGCUCGUAUCUGGUGGGAGGUGGUAGAACAAACAAAGGAUGUAGAUACCAUGAACUGGGACGAUUUCAAAAGGGUCUUUAAUGAGAAGUAUUAUAACUCAGCAGUUCUAGCAGCAAAGGUCGAUGAAUUUACUGGGUUAGUCCAAGGGAGUCUUACUGUGACUGAGUAUGCACAAAAAUUUGAUAGAUUGAUAAAAUUCGCUCCAGAUCUGGUACCUACUGAUAGAGUGCGAGCACAUCGAUUUGUGGAGGGCCUGAAACCAAUGGUUGCUCGAGAUGUGGAAAUUGUGUCAAGGGGUCAAUUCAGUUUUGCUCAAGUUGUCGAAAUGGCUCUUACGGCGGAGCGGAGUGAAAACAAAAUUUGGAAGGAAAAUGCUGCCAGGAGAGAAUCUAAGAAAGGUGGAGCCAAUUCUAAUGACCACAAGAAACGGGGACGGGACCGGUCCGGGCGGCCAAGUCAAGACAAGAGGUACAAAAGUGAUAACGACCAACGAUUUAAUGGCGGCGGUGGGCGAAACAUUCCGAAUGCCCUAAAUGUACCAAACGUCAUCUCGGCGAGUGUCGCGCAAAAGCAUGCUACAAAUGUGGAAAAGAAGGACACAUCAAACGCAAUUGCCCACUGUGGGGACGGGCGGGAACGAGCGAGAACCCAAGAAAGAUGA